AUGGCGGCUGCGGACGUCCCCAAAUGGGGCUUUGGGCAAGAGCCCAUGCAAAUUAAACCGGUUGCUGCCGACUUCAUCCCGCAUUUCGCGACCACUGGCGAUACUCGUGUCGACGCUGGCAAGACCUUCCUCAAGUUUGGAAACUUUGCGUUCAAGAAGCCUCUUACCCGACCACCCGCGUGGCAACGGGUUCCUACACAGUCGCUUGCCGCUCCCAGCUCGAACCGACAGAUUAUGCGCCGAGUUACAGUUUCCAACAGCCUUCAGCUUGAUACACCCUUCGUCAUCUUCCCAAAUGUAUCCGCCAUUCCUGUUCCUACUCGUGAAGAGCUUGGGUUCGACCUUACUCUUCCUCGCAAAGUCCAACGCCUAGAAACCUACAAACCUGUCUUUAGGGAACCAGUGUAUGAGGAUUUCUUGAUGUUCUCGCAUGCACAGCACAUGCACCAACUCAUGAGAGCCAAGGUUGAUAUUGCGAACGGCCUUAUCGACACUCACUCUGGCCAUAUACGCAAAGACAUGAAGGCUAUCGAACAAGGAGGCCGAAAAAUUGUUCCUCUCAAGCGAGUUGCUGGACUCAUCAGCACCGAAGUUGUCGAUGCAGACGGUUCCCCCAUGUCCCUGGUGCCGGCCAGAGGUAACCGAUUUCUUACGUACAACGAUGUGCUUCGUAAGAUCCAGGACGCCAACCAAUCCGGAAACCAGUCCGUCAAUCUCAGAGGUGCGUCCAUCUCAGAAGUCACUUCCGCACUUCAAGAAAGUCAUAAGCCUCGUCGAACGCGCCUCGCUGCUCUUGGCGAGCCCGAACUCUCCACCAUCUUGGAUGAGGAAGAACCAGAGAGUUCCCCCGUUCAGGAACCUGUUCAGGAGCCUGUUCUCUUCCCCGGGUCCCCCUCUCCCUCGAAGCGACUUGGUCGUUUCCUCACCAGCGACACCAUCAAGAAGAGCGUCCGCCGACUUUCGAAGCUUGCCAAACUCGUCCAAGGUUCGCCUUCCAAGUCGUCCUCUCCCAAAUCUUCUCCUUCCAAGUCGAAGCGUGCUUCUUCACCUCUCGCCCAGCGUUCUAGCCCUGUCUAUGAAUCUGCUGCCAAGGACAACAUGUCCACUGAGUCCGUCGCUGACUCUCCCACUCGCCCUGGCCGAACUUUCCGAGUGCCAUCUGAGUGCGACUCAUCUUCUUUCGAAGAUACUGGUCUCCCAGAGACCCCCAACAAAUCUUCGUCGCCCGUUAUGAACUACUCGCGACCCAUCGCUCCCACUCCCUCUCAGUGGGACCGACCUGCGCCCUCGACUCCCGCCACUCCUGCUGCCCAGAGUGCCCCCUUCAAACCCGUCACCCCUCAGCAGACCGACAGUCCCAUCGGUCUCGCUGCCCUUCUUCCUGCCAUCCUCCCUCCCUCCACUCCCAAGCCGCAUGGUUGCACACUUGAAGUCCUUGAGCCUAGUGAGACUUUCGACUUCGGGGAAACAACUUCUUUCGGUGUCUCCAACUCUUGGUUGCUAUCGUCUCCUCUGGCCACUGAGCCCAAUCGUAUCAGGGCCGGUAACCAGGCGCGCCGUCGCCGUAGCGAACCUCUGCUCCGCAAGUGUCUCGACACCCGAGCCCGUCGUCUCUCGUCCUCUCCUCAGAAGGUCCAAUUCCAACAGGAAGCGAUCUUCAGUGAUGACAUUUCUAUCGCCUCGCUAUUCGACAUAACUUAUGAGUCCCCUGCGAAGGCCGCUGCCAUCGAUGCAGCCGACGAGACUUCUGUUCUCGAUUCUAUUACUUCUCCCUCCAACGAGCCUGCAGCUGAAAGCGCGGCCGAGCACACUCUUCCUCUUGACACCAUUAUGGAGGAGAGUGUUGCCACUGAGGCUGAUCCCAUUGAGGCAGCCCACGAGACUUCUGUUCUCGAUUCUACUUCUUCUCCUUCCAAAGAGCCUGCAGCUGAAAGCGCGGCUGAGCAGACCCUUCCUCUUGACACUAUUAUGGAGGAGAGUGUUGCUACCGAGGCUGAUCCCAUUGAGGCGGCCAAACCUACCGAAGGCGAGUCUACCUUGGGCUAUGCCAGUGUUCUCACUGAGAACCUCUGGUUGCGAGAUCUGAACUCUUCACCCACCGCACCUCCCGCCAACCAACAGGACGAGCAACACAGUUCCAUGCAGUCACCCACUACCGUUGCCGAGUCACCUGUCACCAAAGCUCCCACUUCUUCUGAAGAAGGUGUUGUCAACAUCGAUGUCCGGGAGAACCCUGACAUUUUCGGGACUCAAAUUUCCUCACCACCUGCUCCUACUCCAAUUCAAAAUCUUUCUCGCAUGGCCGACGACGCCUGCAAUGGCCACGCUAAGGUCGUGGUCACUGAGGAAAACGGUAGACUCUUUGUCCGAUUUAAGGUGUCGGCCAGAUAUGCCCACAUGUUCCCUGCAAGCCAAGGGUUCAACGAUUCCCUCUCGUUCUCUCCAUCCGUCGACGUUUCUACACCAAGACCUCGACCCGUCAACACCACCCUGCAGACUCCUGAUCUCAAUAGCUUCAGUGACGUUACCAGCCCAUCUCCCAGCGUAAUGCAGACCCCCGAACCUCGAUCUACCGAGUCACUCCUCAAGACACCGGAUACCAACGGUGUCGGUGUUAUCGACCGCUCCUCCUCCGGUGAAUUUGAUACACCUGAACUUCCUCAGAAUGACAACACUCUUGUCUUCGGCGAACCUACAACAAUCGACCGACCUUCUUCUAUUCGACGCGCUACUCGCCGUCAGAGCGAGAUGACUCCCUUGAAGCGUGCUACAAGAAACGCAAUGGGCAUCUCUCAGGGGCCAGCCACACCCCGAUUCGCUACGCCGGCGGCCGAUAAUGGUGACCAGACCUUUGUUAUGGAAGAAACACCCGCUAAGCGGGACGAUGAAACACCUGCUCAGCAGGUCGACACUCCAGCAGCUCCCCCUAUCCAGGAGGUAGAAGCCGCUCCUGCUGCCAAUAAUGGUGGCCAAGACUUGGACAGUCCAGGUCGGGAUUACUUACGCGCUUUCAUUAACCAGAAUCGCCGAACUACCGCUUCCACAUCCGCUACUGCCACUGCCACUGCUACUGCUACCACCAACGAAUCCUCAACUACCGCUGCUACAAACACCACCACCCUUACACCCGCAGCAGAAAUCAUUCCUGCCGUCACCACGACCGAAGCAGGAUCUCCUAUCGCACCAGCAGCCAAGCGCCAGCCUCUUGGAGCUCGAAGCCCUAACAGGGGUAGUCCCAUGAAGGCCAAACGUAAGGCAGACGGUGAUGGUUCGUCACCAUCACCGCCAAAGAAAAUGAAAGUCACUGCCAAGACCAAGGCUAAGCGCCAGAAGGCAGAGUUGGCCAUCGACAUGACUGAUCUUCCCUCUGCCUCUCCCUCUACCACCACCACCACCUCUCCCUCCGCCGACACUCCCAACAGCAAGCAGGUUGACGAGCUUGCGCCCAAUAGAUCAGUCACCCGCCGAUCGUCUCGGCUCCGAAGCCAAGAGCACCCGAGCGGUGCUCCCAAGUCGUCGCUGCCUACUCCGAUCAAGCUCGGCCGAGCCGGUGCUGGCCGCAGCCUCCCAAAGAAGGCUCGCAGUGAGGAAGACGAGUUGGCUCGCAAGACAAGGGCCAACACCAAGCGGAACAUGGGUAAGGCCGAGUUCCCUGCCGAGGUCCUCGUUAGAAUUGCGGACGAGGCAGAGAAGAACUCUGACCAUGGUGAGGAGUCGGAGAGGCCAGCAAGUGGUCGACGCGUGGGGUGGAACCAGCCCCUGGAGAAGGUGCAGGGAGAGGAGCCCAAGAAGGGGCGGGCCAAGGGCAAGGCCACACAAGGACAGACGGGCAUCUCGAAGCCCAAGGCGAAGCGGGCCACCAAGGUGGCAGCGGAUCUGGGCAUGGUGGCCAACGGCACACCCGCCAAACCCCAGCGCGUGACGCGUUCCAGCGCACGCUCUGGGGUUUGA